GAUCAGGGCUGGGUGUUCCUUCCCACACAAGAACUUCUCGGUCCGGACUUCAGCCCGCAGACUGAGGAAGCAGAGGAUCAGGUCUCCGCCGAACCCCCCUCCGAGGACUCCAGUCCGCUCUUCUGCUCCUGGUCCUGCUGUCGGUCCGAGCCGACCCGCGAGCCACCAUGUCCGUCCAGACCAGCAAAACCACCGUGCACACCUACAAGACCAUGAACGUGACUCCGGAACCGCUGAAAACCACCGUGAUCUCCGCGCGCUCAGAGUCUCCGGUGUCGCGCGUGACCCCGGUGUCCCCGCUGCCUUACGCCGCCGUGAACGGCUCCUACGAGUCCGUCCGGUACCUGGUCCCGGUGCAGCAGGCCAUGCCGCAGCAGUCCUUCGUGUUCAUGGGUCAGCCCAUGAUGGGUCAGACCAUGAUGGGUCAGACCAUGGUGGGUCAGACCAUGGUGGGUCAGACCGUGAUCCAGCAGCCCAUGAUCCAGCAGCCCAUGAUGCAGCCGGUCUACGUGCAGACUCUGCCGCGCGUGAGCGUCAGCAGCCAGGAGUCGGAGCACCUGUACCAGCAGCGGAGCGCACUGGAGAGCGUCAGCCAGAAGUCGUCUUGUUCGGUCUUCAGCCCGGGCCCCAGUCCCACCAAGAGUCCAGAGAUGAGCGAAGAAUUCGAGGUAGAAGAAGAGGAAGAAGAGGAGGAGGAUGACGGUGGAUCAGUGGAAGUGGAGGAGGUCGAGAUUGUGAACGUCAUCCAACAGAAGCCUCUGCAGAUGAUGCAGAGCAAGUUCUCCACCAUGGAGCUGAAGGAGGCGCCCGAGCCCACGAAGCUCGACACGAGAUACUUUGGCGAGCUGCUGGCCGACGUCUACAGGAAGAACUGCGACAUCCACUCCUACAUCUCCGACCACGUGUCCAAGAUCCGCGGACAGAAACACCAGCUGGAUUUCUCCAACGACUACAAGGUGGAGAAAGAGGAGGUGGAGGCUCUGAUUCCCAAAGGAGCCACUGAACUGACCAAACAACAAAUGCGCUACCUGCUGCAGACUCGCCUCACUGCAGAUAAAAGCAUGCGCCUGCUGCUCUCCACCUUCAGCAGCCUGAGAGAGGAGCUCAUGCAGAUGUCUGAAGACCUGCGGCGUCUGGAGAGCGAGAAGGAGUCUUUGGAGAGAGAUCUGAGUUUCAAAGCGGACCAGGCCCGGCAGUACGACUCCCUCCUGGAGGCCGUCAGGGAGAACAACCGGCAGCUGCAGCUGUCUCUGAAGGAAGCCGGCUCCGCUCAGCGCGCUCUGGAGAACCAGCUGACGAGCAGCCGAAACGACGACUCGGGCCGCGAGUUCAAGGUCAAAGAGCUGGAGGGUCGAAUGAGAGCUCUGGAGAAGGAGAACGAGAUGCUCCGACAGAAGCUGUCCGGACAGGCCAGCAGCGCCACGCUGCAGAUAAAGACGGAGGAGCUGUCCCGCCAGUACAACGACCAGCUCAGCUCCAUGAGGCAGGAGAAGGACCAGGAGAUCCAGAGACUCAGGUCCCAGAUAACAAAGAUCCAGACGGAGGUCACCACCAGCACCACCACGUCUUCCUCCGCAGAUAAGAGCCUCCAGCUGAGGAUCUCGGAGCUGCUCACCAUGUUGGAACAGCGGCAGACCACCAUCAAGAGACAGGAGGAGGAGAUCAGGAAGCUGAUGCUGGAGAGGAGCGACAGCUCCAAGAACGUCACCAAGACCAUCAUCACCAAGAGGUACAGGAACCAGUACCCGAUCCUUGGACUCCUCAGCGACGACUACCAGAUUACCUCACCGGUCAAAGAGGCCAAAACCAUCGUCAUCGAGAAAACUGGAGAGAUGAUCAAACAGGAAUGAUCGACCGUCGAGAAGACACUGACGUCCCCCCAUCCCCCGCAUGCUCCUCCCCGUCCCCUCAGGCCUCCCAGUGUUGGUGGUGGUUUAGUCCCAGUUUCUCCUCCAAAUUUGAUGUCUUUUUGUCUUGUACCCGUUUUGUUUGGGGCAGUUGGUUCUCUUUGAUUUUAUUUUUAACAGACAAAUAAAUCCUGAAAUCUAAAA